GCGUGUGGUACACCACUGAAAUGAUUCAAUGGAUGUGCAGUUUGUUUGGGGAUUUUGAAUCUGCACAGAAAGCUAAAAAAAAAAAAAAAAAAAAAAAUCAACUGUAACAUGAGGUUAACUCGGAAGCUUGUCCUAGCCAGGGCCAAAGCUUCAGACCUGGAAAGCGUCAAGAAACUCAAUUGCUGGGGCAGUAAUCUAGUAGAUAUAUCUAUAUUCACUGAAAUGCCAAACAUUGAGGUCCUGACACUAAGUGCAAACAAAAUCUCUUCACUGGAGCACAUCAGCCAGUGUCACAACCUGACAGAGCUGUACCUGAGAAAGAACAACAUCUGCAAUAUCUCCGAGCUGUACUACCUCAAGCCCCUGACUCGCCUGCGAGUCCUGUGGCUGUCGGAGAACCCCUGCUGUGGUCCAGAUUCCCAGAAGUUCAGGCUGACGGUGCUUCGCAACUUGCCUAACCUGCAGAAGCUGGAUAACCAAGCGGUCACUGAGGAGGAGCUGUCCCGUGCUCUGGAGGAAGGAGAGGAGAUCACUGCACCUCCUCUAUGGGAGGGCACAGGCAAUGGGGUGCCGCUGUUCCCCGAGGAGCAAAGCCUGACUGACCAGUCAACGGACACAGAGAACGACCCGCUCAACUUCAGCAUGGAGGAGACCAAUACAAUCCGUGAGCAGCUGGGGAUGAAGCCCUUAACCAGAGAUAAAUUCCCAUCCUUUACCUCUCCCAAAGAAGUAAGACCUACUUCUGGUAGAAAGAGUAAUGUUUUGAAUGCGGUUCUGCUGCUGCUAAAGGAUCUGGAUGCACAGAGUCUGGAGGUGGUUCGCAAGACAGCAGAGAACAGAUUGCACACUCUGCAGAGGAAGGAGGCCCAGCUGGAUAUACAAAAGGUCUUCAAGCAAUAACCACCACGAAUAGGACAGUGCCACAGGAGCGCCGUAUCCACAACCCUCUUCUGACUGCUGCAGUUCAGGAGUAGCCAAAGAGAUACAGAGUAUCAGUCACCUGUGUAAAAUCUUUUAACCAAGCUUAGCAUGCAUUCACAAACAUGAACACGAAACAUGCCUGAAAUUAAAAAUAAGCACCAAGAGCCCUUGCUGCGUUUCUCUUUCACAUUACUAAGUGUAAACUCAGAAGAGUUUAGACAUUAUACCAGGUAUUAAAUGAGUUGGCUUGCAGUCAAAUUCCUGAAUUUAACAGUCAUGAGAACUGCAACAUUGCGUUAGCACAGUAGAGUGCUGGACACUGUGUCUCCAGUAUCUGAACCAGCGUGUACAGAGCCUGUUUGAUGGAAAUUCAUGUAUACAAUAAUAUAAUCUUAAACACAGUGUUUGUUUAACUUUAUUACUGUACCAUAUGUUUACAGUGUUUGUUAAGGUAACGCAUUGUAAUCUUGUGUUUUCAGUAAAACACUAGUAAUUGGUUGAUUGGCUACAAGGUUGAAAAGACUAAGAAUAUAUUUUGGAUUUAUAUAAAUAUUUUAUUAUUAGUGCAUCCAGUUUGUUAAAAGACAUGUCAGGUAUAGUGUAAAAUCACACAGUAUUAAUGGAGGUAAUCAUUUAAUGUACAGUAAAUGGCCUGCAUAUAAUUUACAAAUAUAUUUUUUCCUUGUAUAUGGAUCAUGUUAAAUGAUAAAGCACUGAAUAAACUGUUAUGUGCAAUGAUACUACAUUUUACUGUAUAGCAGUACAAGAACAGAGU